ACUUGAAAAUGAAAAUCAGCCCCGCGCUCUCCGGCCCAGAAACGGCCGUCGAUACCCCCGAGAAUUUGAAAUCGGAGCGAGCCUCGCGCGUUCUCCUCUACCAAACUCGGCGACGGGCCCUCCCCGACAGCCGUCGCGCCGAUUAGACGUCGCAGUGGGGACGGCGCCAUGUUGGGUCCGUCCGUCCACGGCGCGGCGCGGCGCCGCGGCCGCAGCCGCCGCCGCGUCAGUCGCCCGUUGAUCGCGACCGUGUGUACGUCGCACGCACGAGCCAUGAAUUGAGCCCGCGUUCGCUCGUGCCGCGUCGUCGUUUUACCUUUUUUUUUUUAAUUUAUCCCGUUGCGCGCGCUUUUAUUUCGCACCACGCGCCCCGCACUCGCGCGCGGGAGACUGAAAUCGGAGUUCUUGAACGCGGGAAAUCUGGAGGGAGGUGCGGAGGGACCUGCGGGGGACACCGCGCACUAACAUAUAUAUUUGCGUGCAAAGUGCGUGCCUCUGGUGACUCCUCUCUCUCUUCUCCUCCUCCCUCUCUCACUCUCUUGGAAAGAGCGCGGGUGAAAGAGAGCCCAGAGGAAUAGAGGGAAGCAGACUAGUGGCAAGCGGCGAGGAGGGAACGGGGGGGAGAGAGAGGCAACGGCGUGCGAUGGCUGUGCGGCCACGCAUCGGCCCUUCCGGUGGUGGACGCGCUUCCGGAGGUGCCGGGGACCUCACCGGGAUCCCGGUCGUGCGAUGGACCGUCGGGAGCACGCUCGUCGCCGCGGCGGCGCUCGCCGUCGUCCUCGGCGUCGCCGACGUCGCGGCCAUCAGAUCGGGCGAUGGCUGCGGGAAUAACAUGUUCAGGUGCAACGAUGGCAAAUGUAUACACUCGAUUCUGGUGUGCGAUUACCGCGGAGACUGCGACGACAACAGCGAUGAAAUGCAAUCAUGUCCGCCGCCCGACUGCGACAUCGGCCAGAUCACGUGUGGCCAGUACAGCUUCAACAAGACGUACUGUAUACCACCGCAUCAACGAUGCGAUAUGACCGUCGAUUGCGUCGACGGCACUGAUGAAGACGGCUGCACAUACAGGAAAUGCCAGCCGGAUGACUUCAGGUGCGGGGGGACCACACCGGAACUUUGCAUACCCAAAGAAAAGAAGUGCGACGGUUACCUGGACUGCCGGAACGGCAGGGACGAGGAGAGAUGCGAAAAUAAUGUGAAGAAUGCCUGCCGAUUGGAUCAAUUCAGGUGCAACGCCACGCAGCGCUGCCUCGAGCAGAACAUGAGGUGCAAUCAUUUUGACGACUGCGGUGACAACAGCGACGAGGAACACUGCAGUUUCCCACCUUGCACCAGUGAUCAGUUCCGAUGCGCCAAUGCGCUCUGCAUUCCCAUAGCAUAUCAAUGCGAUGGUUAUAAAGACUGCCAGGAUGGCUCCGACGAGAGGUCCUGCACAGUGACAGUCUGCCCAGGAACCAAGUAUAUGUGCCCGAAAGGUGCACUGGACGGGAAGCCAUUAUGCAUCAAUCGAUCUCAGUUGUGUGAUGAAAAACAGGAUUGCGAGGACGGGUUUGAUGAGAAAUCGUGCUCGACGAACAUGUGCGGCUCGUUUGGUUGCCAACACAAGUGUCAAGCGUCUCCGACCGGAGGGGCUUGUUAUUGCCCGGAGGGAAGAAUCCUUGCCAAUGAUUCGCGGACCUGCAUUGAUCGAAACGAGUGCUCCGAGUGGGGCUUCUGCGAGCAGCUGUGCGAGAACACUGACGGCUGGUACACGUGUCACUGCGCGCCCGGUUACGUUCUUCACGGGCUCAACAAGUGUCGCGCGCAGAACAUCUCCGUCCUGGAGCUCUUGCUCGCGCAGGAUCGCGCGAUAUGGCGAUUGAGCGCGACCGGCGAGGACCGGAAGAUAAUCGCGAACACCACCGGCGCGAGCGGGGUGGACUACCUGUACUCGCGAAAUCUGCUCUUCUGGAGCGACAUGAAGACGCGGAAGGUUCACUCGGAGUCGCUCAACCCCAGUAGCGAGACGGCCAAGGUGGACAUCAGUAUGGCGGGCUCCUGGGGACCCGUGUCCAUCGCGAUAGACUGGAUCGGCGAUAAGCUCUACGUGGCGGACUCCAUCGUGCAAAAGGUGGAUGUGUUCGAGCUGGAUGGACGUUACCACGGGAUCGUGGUGGGCUCCAAUCUCACCAGCCCGUCCGACAUCGCGCUAGAUCCCACGAGGGGCCUCAUGUUCAUCGCCGACAGCAAGCAGGUCCUACGCACAAACAUGGACGGCACGAACGCGUUCCCCGUCGUCUCCGAGGCAGCUUAUAAAGUCUCCGGCGUGGCCGUCGACAUCAUUGCCAAAAGGAUCUACUGGUGCGACUCCCUGUUGGACUACAUCGAAACGGCGGACUACAGAGGUCACAACAGAAUAAUGAUUCUGAGAGGUUCUCAAGUGCCAUCCGCGAUCAGACUCACUCUAUUCGAGAACAGGAUAUUCUGGACGGACGCUACCAAGCAGGCCGUCAUGAGCGUCGACAAGACUCAAGGAGAUUAUUCCAUCCAAAGUGUAUUCAAGGUACGCGACGCCAAAGCUAUAAAAGCCUUACAUCCACUUACGCAACCUAACGUCUCCAAUCCCUGUGGCAAUAAUAACGGCGGCUGUCAACACAUGUGCAUCGUCACGGCCUCCAGCGAUCAAAACAAUCGAUUAGGCUAUCGCUGCGCCUGUCACAUUGGAUGGCGAUUGGCAGUCGACAUGAGGAACUGCAACCUGGUGCAGGAGUUCCUGAUGUAUUCUCAGCAGAGGUUCAUCAAAGGCCGCGUACUCAAUCCCGUAAUGGAAGGCUUUAGCGAUGCUAUCCUGCCAGUGGUGUCCAGACGGGCACGAUUCGUUGGAUUGGACUAUGACGCCCACGACCAGUACAUCUACUACAGCGAUGUUCUUCAGGACGUCAUAUACAGGGUACACCAGAACGCGACCGGGCGUGAAAUCGUCCUGGCUAGUCAAAAUGAAGGGGUGGAAGGACUCGCCGUCGAUUGGGCUGCGAAGAACUUGUACUACAUCGACUCCCGUAAAGGCACACUAAACGUGCUCAGCACUCGGAAUGUCACGUACCGGCGAACGCUGCUGAAAAAUCUGAAGCGUCCUCGCGCAAUCGUAAUCCACCCGAACCAGGGUCUGAUCUUCUUCUCGGAAUGGGACCGGCCGGCUAACAUUAGCAGGGCUCAGGCUGACGGCUCCAACCUGGUUGUCUUCAGAAAUCUAACUCUGGGCUGGCCGAAUGGACUGGCGAUCGACUUUAUGAAAGAUCGAUUGUACUGGUGCGACGCUCUUCUGGAUCACGUGCAGCACUCGAACUUGGACGGCACGGACGUACGAACGGUAAACUCGCGACUGAUUCGACAUCCGUUUUCUAUCGCCAUCCACGAGAACUGGAUGUACAUCACCGAUUGGCGUCUCGACGCCAUUAUUCGGCUGCAUAAAGAGACCGGCGAGCAGGAAGCUAUCUUGGUCCGUGAGCCCGCUACCAACAGGCUUUACGGCGUGAAGGUCUUCAGUCGCGAUAUCCAGAAGACGAUGAUUACUCAUCCUUGCAGCAUCAACAACGGUGGUUGCGAAAAGCUUUGCUUCGCUAUUCCGGAUAACUCCUCGCGCUCCGACGCUAUCACGUUCCCUGGCAUGCAAUCCAUGCCGAAGCUCACUCAAGUAUGCGGAUGUCCUUACGGAGAGCGUCUUCAGAGCAAUGGUAGGAGUUGCGCAGCCGAUCCAGAUGGGGAACCGCCUUUGCAGGCGUGUCCACAUACUUGGGACUUCACUUGCGCAAACCAGAGGUGCGUCCCGAAAUCCUGGGUGUGCGACGGCGAGAACGAUUGCCUGGACAACAGUGACGAAAUGCAAAACUGCACGAAACCGACGUGCAGCUCGAGCGAGUUCCAGUGCAAGUCCGGCCGCUGCGUACCAAUGACGUUCCACUGCGAUUCCGAGAACGAUUGUGGCGAUUACAGCGACGAGAUGGGGUGCCCGAAUGUGACUUGUAGCGCUAAUCAGUUCGCUUGCGCCAAUAAUCGCUGCAUCCCCGCAACUUGGAAAUGCGAUUCCGAGAAUGACUGCGGCGACAGCUCCGAUGAAGGCGAGUUCUGCGCAGCGAAAACUUGCUCGUACUUCCAGUUCACCUGUCCACGCUCCGGCCACUGUAUACCGCAGUCCUGGGUAUGCGACGGCGACAGCGACUGUUUCGAUCAGCAGGAUGAGAUGGAUUGCCCGCCGGUGACCUGUCUCAGUACACAAUUCACUUGCGCGGACCAAAAGAUGUGUGUUUUAGCGUCGUAUAAGUGCGACGGCAUUAGUGAUUGUAACGACGGCUCGGACGAAGUGGGCUGCCCGUCACUGGCGCCAGAUCAGUGCAACACCGAUAAGCAGUUCCAGUGCGUUAGUUCAGCCAUCUGCAUACCGAGAAGCUGGUACUGCGACGGUACCGCGGAUUGCCCGGACAAGUCCGACGAGCCGGAGUCAUGCGGAAAGGUCGACUGUCAGACUGGAUUUUUCAGAUGUCGGAACGAGAGAUGCGUGUUCAAGGCGUAUAUCUGUGAUGGAAAAGACGAUUGUGGGGAUGGAUCCGACGAGGACACCGAGCUGCACGCGUGCGGUCCUCCCACGUUCAAGUGCGACUCCCAGCAAUGGAGGUGUCCGAAUGUGACGAACUACUACUGCAGCUGUAUCGAUGGUUACAUGUUGGACGCCGAUAAGCACUCGUGCAAGGCGUUUAAUCACAGCGCUGCGUUCUUGAUUAUCUCCAAUAGACAUACUAUUCUUGUGGCUGAUCUUCAGGAUCAAGCGCUGGAACGUGUUCCCAUCAAUGUAGAAAACGUCGUGGCGACUGCCAGCAAUAUGCACACAGGUACUAUUUUCUGGUCGGACAUGAAGCUGAAGCGAAUCUCGCGGUUAGAUCGAGGUAGUGAUCCUCAAGAUAUUAUCAGUACCGGUUUGGAUCUGGUGGAAGGUCUAGCCUACGACUGGAUUGGCCAGAAUCUGUACUGGUUAGAUUCGAAACUGAAUACAAUCGAAGUAGCUAAAGAGACUGGAAUUGGAAGGAUGAUUCUCGUCAAGGAGAAUAUUACGCAGCCACGUGGAAUGUGUUUAGAUCCCAGUCCAGGUGCAAGGUGGCUCUUCUGGACCGACUGGGGUGAAAAUCCUAGAAUUGAAAGAAUUGGAAUGGACGGUACCAAUCGAUCGACCAUCAUCAGCACGAAGAUCUAUUGGCCGAACGGUCUAGCUCUAGAUAUCGCAAAUCGCAGAAUAUAUUUCGCAGACAGCAAGCUAGACUUCAUCGAUACUUGUCUCUAUGAUGGUAGCAAGAGACUGCAGGUUCUAGCUAGCUCGCACUACCUUCUGCAUCCUCACUCGCUCACUCUCUUUGAGGACACUAUGUAUUGGACUGACAGGCAGCUCAAUCGGGUACUCUCGGCACACAAGUUUAAGGGCUCUAAUCAGACGGUGGUCUCGCAUCUAAUUUCACAGCCUCUUUCCAUACACGUACAUCACGCGGUGCUACAACCGAUUUCUGCGAAUCCUUGCGCUAACGCAUCCUGCGAACAUCUAUGUCUUCUGUCGCCCAGUAAUCCAAAGGGAUACAAUUGCAAAUGUCAAGUUGGAUUUAAAUUGUUAUCUGACGGACGCUGCAUGGAAGAGGAGACGCCAUACUUAAUGGUUCUUCGAGGUUCUCAGAUCGUUGACGUUUCUUUGACGCCUAAAGAAGCCAAGACCGGAUACAUCACGCCCAUCGUAGGUGUGGAAGGCGGAAGAUUUAUCGAGUACGAUAGAAAGGAUCGUAUUAUUUACUGGCUGCAAGGCAAAGAUAGUGACGACGAAAAUGGCACGAUUUAUUCCAUUCCAUACAACGGCGGUAACCGGACAGAGUUUCCAAAUCCCGCCGGCGAUACUGGCAUUGUUGGUUCACCAACCACCAUGGCGCUGGAUUGGCUCGGGCGCAAUAUGUUUAUUGGCAACAAAUUCGCAUCCAAUAUCGAGGCUAUUAAAUUGGAUGGCAAGACGCGAUUCCGCACAAUCAUUUUGGCAAACGACGGAAAUCGUACAUCGGUAUCUAAACCGAAGGCGAUGUGCGUGGAUCCCCUUGACGCACAAAUAUUUUGGGUGGACGACGGAGGUUUCGGAGUGCCUCAGAAGAUCGGACGCGUAAACAUGGACGGUAGCAAUCCGCUGGUCCUCGCAGAGAAUCUAGAACGUCCUGAAGCAAUCACCAUCGAUAUAUCUAGCAAGACGCUGUACUUCUCAUGCCAAAAUCCGGCCUUCAUCAAAGCCAUGUCAACAGACGGUCAAAAUGUCCACACCAUUCUCACUGCGGCAAACAACAUGGCAAUGCCUAAGGCAAUAGCCGUCCACGAGUCUCGUCUCUACUACCUGGACCCACUUUACGACAAGAUCGAACGCGUUGAUCUACCUAACGGCGACAACCCAACCACUAUCAUUGAUAACGAUUCUGAGCUUCGUACUCUAACAAUUUAUAAAAAACGCGCGACCGGAUCCCAUCCUUGUCUUAUAAAUAACGGCGACUGCGAGCAGCUUUGUCUGCCUGCGUCUGGUGGUACACGCGUUUGUGCCUGUGGAAUGGAAUAUAAAAAGGUCACGGAAACCAGAUGCGAACCUUACAAGACUUUCGCGGUGGUGACUCAAUUGGAUAUUGCCAGGGGUUACAGUCUCAAGGACUCCAAGGAAGCAAUGAUACCUAUUACUGGAGUGGGUCAUCAUAUCCUUCACGUUGACGUACAUUACGCGGGCAACUGGAUAUAUUGGGUGGAAUUCAAUCGAGGCAUUUGGAAUGGCAUCUUCAGAAUACGACCGAACGGCACGGAAUUGCAACAGGUAGUCAAACAGGGAAUUGGUUCCAAUGGAAUUCGUGGUCUUGCCGUGGACUGGAUCGCAGGAAAUCUAUACUUCGCCAACGUCUUCCCGCACGACAACUACGUGGAGGUCUGCUGGCUGGACGGUUCCAACCGAAAAGUGCUCGUGAAGACGACGACAGACGCUCCUCGGGAGCUGGCCGUGAAUCCUAUCAAACGAUACUUGUAUUGGAUCGAUUACGGACAAUAUCCUCGAAUAGGCAAGGCCUUCCUCGACGGUAGCAAUUGGUCUCCCAUUGUGACAUCCGGUAUCAGCACGCCGCGCGAUUUAACGAUCGAUCUCGCCACGCACGAUGUUUAUUGGGUGGACUCGAAACUGGACACCAUCCAGAAAGUGUCCUACACCGGCGGGAAUCGAGAGAUAAUCCGUAGAAAUCUGCCGAAUCCAAUGGGCGUUGCUAUUUUCGGCGGAGACGUCUACUGGGUGGAUCGAAAUCUGGCCACCGUUUUUAAGGCGAGCAAACUGAUGGGCAAUACCAGUCUUCCUGUCCCCGUCAGAACAAAUCUGCAAAAGCUCAGGGACAUCGCCAUCUUCGACCAAAACAGUCAACCACCGGAUAUGUCGAAUCCUUGCUCGCAGGUAACGAAUGGCGGAUGCUCUCAACUAUGCUUCGCUUUCCCGAAGGACAAUAAUAAAUCGUUCACUUGCGACUGCGCCGUGGGGAAUAUCUCUUCCGACGGUCGCACCUGCGAGAACGUUAAAGAGUACCUCGUGUUCGCUACGCGAACUGAGAUUCGCGCCAUUAAUAUAGAUCCGCACAACACUAACGUACCCUUCGCCCCUGUCGGGAACCUAACGAAUGUAGUCGGAGUGGACUUCGAUUAUCAGGACAAGAAGCUGCUGUUUACUCAGAUUCGUCCUUGGGCGAAGAUCGCGUGGACGCCGGCGGAUCAACCGUCCUCCUCCAAUCUGCACACGCUGAUCAGUAAAGGAAUUAAUCCCGAAGGCAUUUCAUACGACUGGACUCAGAAGAAGGUGUAUUGGACGGAUUCGUCCAACAACAGCAUCUACGCAAUGGACAUCGAUGGAUCUAACUUGGUGAUGAUCGCACGCGUGGAUCGUCCGCGUGCCAUCGUCGUUGAUCCCUGCAACGGUUCGCUUUACUUCACGGACUGGGGUCGUUUCGGGACGUCCGGCAAGAUUUUCAAGACGACCAUGGCGGGCUCGCUGAAACGCGCCAUCAUCGAUAAAGAUCUCUCGCAACCCAGCGGCCUAGCGAUCGAUUACGACGAUCGGAUGCUAUACUGGACCGAUGCCGUGCGCGAGAAGAUCGAGCGGUCCGAUCUCGAAGGAAAGAACAGGGAAAUUCUGGUUAGCGCUACCAUCUAUCCCUUCGCUAUCACUGUCUUCAGGGAGCAUAUCUAUUGGACGGACCUUCAGCUUCGUGGAGUUUACCGAGCGGAGAAGCACACCGGGGCCGACAAGAUCGAGCUGGUGAAGCGACUGGAGGACUCGCCGCGAGAUCUUCACGUCUACUCCGCGGCUAGACAACAAUGUACCGUUAAUCCUUGCAAUAUUAAUAACGGCGGCUGCGACGAGUCCUGCCACCCGGGCCACAACGGCUCCGCGGAGUGCAAAUGCGGCGACAACAGCAGGCUGGUGAACGAGGACAGAAUGUGCGUGCCGAAGAACGUCACUUGCGACGGGAACAAGUUUGCUUGUAGAAACGGCAGGUGCAUCUCCAGGAUGUGGGCGUGCGAUGGCGACGAUGACUGCGGCGACGGGUCUGACGAGGCCACCAGUUACUGCUCUUAUCACUCGUGCAGCCCGAACGAGUUCCGUUGCAACAACGGCCGGUGUAUCUUCAAAACGUGGAAGUGCGAUCACGAGAACGAUUGUCGGGACGGUAGCGACGAGGAGGGCUGCGUUUACCCACCAUGCGCGCCGGGAGAAUUCACCUGCGCCAAUCACCGCUGCAUCCCGCAAUCUCAGGUGUGCAACGGCAUCAACGACUGCAAGGACAAUGUCACUUCCGACGAGACGCACGAGCGAUGCCCUCGCAACACUACGUGCCCGAUGAAUCAUCUCAAGUGCGAGAAGACGAACAUCUGCGUGGAGCCCUACUGGCUCUGCGACGGCGACAACGAUUGCGGCGACAACAGCGAUGAGAAUCCGAUUCACUGCGCCCAGAGGACCUGUCCUCAGAACAGCUUCCGAUGCCCGAAUCACAGGUGUAUCCCGGCCACUUGGUACUGCGACGGAGACGACGACUGCCUGGACGGAAGCGACGAACCUCCUGGUUACUGCCAAUCCGAGGGUAGGACAUGCUUCGGCGAUCUUUUCACGUGCGACAACGGCAACUGCAUUCCUAGAAUUUACAUUUGUGACGGGGACAAUGAUUGUCUGGAUAGCUCUGACGAAGACGAGCGUCAUCAGUGCAACGACAGAAAGUGCGACGAAGAGACCGAGUUCACUUGCACAGCGAACAAAAUGUGGAAUCGCGCCCAGUGCAUCCCGAAGAAGUGGCUGUGCGACGGAGACCCGGACUGCGUCGACGGGGCGGACGAGAAUGUGACUCUGCAUCACUGUCCGGCGCCGACUCCUUGCGCCGACAAUCAGUUUACGUGCAACAACGGACGGUGCCUGAACCGCAACUGGUUGUGCGACCACGAUAACGAUUGCGGCGACGGUAGCGACGAGGGCAAGUUCUGUAACUCCCAGUACAAGCCUUGCAACAGCCAAGAGUUCACCUGUCAGAACUUCAAAUGCAUACGCAAGCAAUUCCGCUGUGACGGCCAGGACGAUUGCGGCGAUCAUUCAGACGAAGUAGGAUGUCCGUCUAAAGGAAAGAACACGACGUGCCCGAAUCCGAAGGACUUCAUGUGCGCGAACGGCAACUGCAUUGACUCGCAGCUGGUGUGCAAUAAAGACCCGGACUGCGCCGAUGAGAGCGAUGAGCCGGCGCAUUGCAACGUGGAUGAAUGCGCUCGCGUCGAGAUGAAUCAGUGCGGGCACAAAUGCGUGGACACGCCGACUAGCUUCUACUGCGAGUGCAAUCCCGGCUACAAGCUGCUUGCGGACGGCAAGGCCUGCGACGACAUCGACGAGUGCAUCGAAACGCCCCAGGUGUGCAGCCAGCAAUGUGAGAACACGCCCGGCGGUUACUAUUGCAAGUGCAACGAGCACUGGUACGACAGGGAGGCCGACGAGCACACGUGCAAGCGACGGGACAACGUUCAGCCGUGGAUCGUCUUUACGAAUAAGUAUUACGUUAGGAACAUGUCGAUAGACGCGUCCAACUACAGCCUGAUGCAUCAGGAUCUGAUCAACGUCGUUGCGCUCGACGCGGAUUACAGCCAGCAAAUGCUAUACUUCUGCGACGUUACAGCGAAAACAAUAUACAGAGCAUCGGUGAACGGCGGCGAGAAGGAACCAAUCAUUCGUCAUGACAGUCUGGGUCUCGAGGGUAUCGCUAUAGAUUGGGUUGGUCGAAAACUGUAUUGGCUGGAUCGCCACGCGAAACACCUAGACGUCGCCGAACUUGACGGCACGAAUAGGCGCACAUUGAAGAGCGAAAUUGCAGACCCACGCGCGAUCGCGGUCCAUCCCGGUACCGGAUAUCUGUACUAUACGUCCUGGCAUCUUCAGGCGUACAUCGGUAAGAUAGGCAUGGACGGUAGCAACUUCUCUCAAAUUCUGAACUGGGAGAACGAUAUCGCUUGGCCGAACGCCCUGACGAUCGAUUACUUCACCGAUCGCAUCUUCUGGGCCGACGCCCACCUGGAUUACAUCGCCUUCGCCGACCUCGACGGCCACAAUCGGCGGAUCGUCCUGUCCGGCGCCUCGGUGCCGCACGUGUUCGCCAUCACUGUGUUCGACGACUUCAUUUACUGGACCGACUGGAAUCUAAAGGCGAUCAGCAGAGCGGAGAAGUUCUCCGGCGAACGCCUACAGGUGCUGCGCAACACCACCCAUCGGCCCUACGACAUUCACGCCUAUCACCCUCUUCGGCAGCUGCCGUACAACAACCCCUGCGCGGUAAACAACGGCAAUUGCUCGCAUCUUUGCCUCAUCGCACCGCCCGCCAGCUCGUACUUGCGCGAGGGAUUCGGUCAGCCUGGAGUCACCACAGCCAAAUGCGCGUGCCCGAAUCAGUUUAUUCUGGAGAAGGACAAUAUGACAUGCGUAUCGAACUGCACCGCGGGUCAGCAUCGUUGCGGUCCGCCCGACGAGAAGUGCAUCCCUUGGUACUGGAGGUGCGACGGAGAAAAGGACUGCAAGGACGGUUCCGACGAGUCGUCGAGUUGCCCGACGAGGAUCUGUCGACCGAGCGUGUUCCAGUGCGCGAACGGAAAUUGUACGCCGAGCGUGACGAUCUGCGACGGAAUUGACGAUUGCGGUGACAAGAGUGACGAAGCUAAGUGCGCGCUCGAGUGUGGGGAGCUCGAGUUUAAGUGCAAGUCCAACGGCCGAUGCGUACACGACUCCUGGAAGUGCGACGGGGACGCCGACUGUAAGGACGGCAGUGACGAAGAUCCUUCUAUUUGUCACAACCGCGUCUGCGACUCAAGCACCGAGUUCAGUUGCAAGAAUGGCAAGUGUAUACCGAAGUUAUGGAUGUGCGACUCCGACAACGACUGCGGCGACGAUAGUGACGAGCCGGCCUACAUGUGUCGGCAGAAGAACUGCACGACCGGGUGGCAGCGCUGCCCGGGACACGCCAACUACCGAUGCAUUCCGAAGUGGCUGUUCUGCGACGGCAAGGACGACUGCCGCGACGGUUCCGACGAGCGUCCGGAGAACUGUCCGAAGUGCGAUCCCAAGAUGGACUUUAAGUGCGCCAACAACCGGUGCGUGCCGAAUCAGUGGCUGUGCGACUUCGCCGACGACUGCGGGGACGGUAGCGACGAGACGGACACGAUGUGCAAGGACAGGUACCGCCAAUGCUCCGAGUCCGAGUUCAAGUGCAAGAACGGCAAGUGCAUCGCGUCCAGAUGGAGAUGCGACAGCGAGGACGACUGCGGCGACAACAGCGACGAGGAGAAAUGCCAUCAGUGGGUGUGCAAGAACGAAAAUUUCCAAUGCGCGAGCGGUCACUGCAUCGCAUCGUAUCUUCGUUGCGACGGAGCGCGAGAUUGCCGCGACAUGAGCGACGAGGUAAACUGCCCACCGAGAUACCCCGGAGGAAGGUACUGCCCGCAAUCGCGAUUCCAAUGUGCCAACAACCUUUGCGUGUCGCUGAACGACAUCUGCGACGGCACCGACGACUGCGGUGACAAUUCCGACGAGAGCCCUACCAUUUGCGCGAACUUCCAAUGUGACACGCAGAGACGAUUCCAGUGCGCCAACCACAAGUGUAUCGCCAGGUACCAGUUGUGCGAUGGGAUCGACAACUGCGGCGACGGCUCGGACGAGAACAACAUGACGAUGUGCGUGAAGCAGACUCGCCCGUGCGACCCGAUCACGGAGUACACCUGUGCGAACAAGAAGUGCAUCGACCACAUAAAACUCUGCGAUCUCGCGGAUGAUUGCGGGGAUCUGUCGGAUGAGUUGGGAUGCCAUCACAGCCAGCAUUGCACGGACGCCGACCGCGGCGGUUGCGCGCACGAGUGCCACAAUCUCAUUGACGGCGGCUACAUCUGCACCUGCUAUCCUGGUUACAUAAUCUCGCCGGACAACCGAAAGCACUGCGUGGACGUGGACGAGUGCCAGACCGGUAACCACCAGUGCUCUCACAUCUGCACCAACUUGAACGGCACGUACGCCUGCUCUUGCCGGCACGGUUUCCAACUGUCGGACAGGCACAGCGGUGUGUGCCGCGCCGAGAACGAUAACGUUGUCGUGCUGUUCGCCAACGGACCCGAACUCCGCGCCUACGACCUGCGCACCAGGGAAGAGAUGGACGUGAUAGACAACGAGAAGAGAGUGCAGGCCAUCGAUUUUGAUCCGAAGGCGGAAUACGUUUUCUGGAUUGACUCGUACGACAACACCAUCAAACGGUCCUACAUGGUGAAUGCCAAAGAGGGUGAAGCGAAGAUUGGACACGCGCAGAACCUCAAUAUGAUGAGUGACUCCAGGCCAACGAGCUUAGCGGUAAAUUGGAUCGACGGUAAUUUAUACUGGAGUGAAAUCGAUCUAUCAGGAACCACUCCUCGCGGGCAAAUUAUGAUGUCUAAAUCGGACGGCAGGUAUCGACGUAGCAUAAUCUCAACGAAUCUCGAACAACCGACAGCAGUAGCCGUGGAUCCCGAGCGAGGGGAGAUCGUAUGGGCCGACUCAGGUAAUCAACCAAAGAUUGAGAUAGCCUGGAUGGACGGAGCCAGACGCAAGUCGCUGGUGACAGAACGAAUCGCUAGUCCUUCGUCGCUCACCAUCGACUAUUCCAUGGAGCACACGCUUUAUUGGUCUGACAACAAGUUGGACACCAUUGAGGCGAUCAGUUUGGCCGGCACCAACAGACGAGUCGUUUUGAAAGGCAGACCGCUCAGGAGUCCAAUAGCGCUGGAUGUUUUCGAGAACAACCUUUAUUGGACCACCAAGCAGACGGGUGAACUCGUUCGACAGGAUAAAUUUGGCAGAGGAGUACCGCAGACCAUCGUUAAGAAUCUCCCUAGUCCCGGAGGCGUCAAAAUCUAUCAUCAGCUGAGAUACAACACCAGUCUGAGAAAUCCAUGCCUUGACGAUCAGCAGUGCACUCAUCUGUGCGUGGGAAUUCCUGGUGGACACCGUUGUCUCUGCUCAGACAGCGUUGGCAUCUUUCAGCGCCUGAUGAAGGACGACGAGAGGCUUUGCGACGCCACAAACGAAAGGCCUCUGCCAGAGCCCAGAAUAUGUCGCUGUCAGAACGGCGGACGGUGUCAAGAGUUGGACGACAAGCUGGCGUGUAACUGUCGCGAGGAAUUCCAUGGAGAAUUCUGCGAAACGGCGGCGGUCGCCGCUCGUGCGGGCGGAUCCACCGCCGCUAUAGUUAUUCCCAUAGUCAUAUGCCUGCUGGUGCUGUUCUGUGUCGCCGCGAUCUUCAUGGUUCUCAAGAAACGACCAUUUGGCAAGCCCGGUGGCCUCGGCAGUCUCACAGGCGCGCAAAGUGUUUCUUUCCGCCAAGGCAGCAAUGUAGAGUUUGGUACAGAAGCUCAUGAGAGGAUGGAGCCUCUCGACGUGGAGUACAACUUGAACGACGUUACCAAUAAGAACCGAGAUUUCAGCAAUCCAAUGUACGAUGCGGUGAACAUGGAGAGCGGCACUACGAACGGCACCGGCGCCGGCAGCAUGUACGAAGUGCCGGCGGAGAUGAAGCCCUCCAGCAUACAGCACAAAGAGCCACCGCAGCUGCAUCUGAAGAGGAGAGAACUGGACCCGACGCCCAUCGACUCGGGGAAGGAUACUCAACAGCUGGUCGAGGAGGACAAGUCCGAGUGCUAGGACUAUUCCAAUUUAGGAAUUCCUUCAGAUCUGUUGUGCACCGAACUUGAUACGCAAGGUGGAGAGAUUUCACGAGUCUGCGAAGAACACAUAGGGACACAAACGUAAAUUAGUUUACCAGUUUUACGUAAACAGUGCGAAUCACUUCGCGACUGCUCGUGUACGUUAUUUAUUAAGCUAUUCAUCGAGAUGUUUUUAACGUGUGGCAGAUUGAUUAAAGGUUCUGUCUCAUCUAGUGAUCCGCGGAUAUGAGAAUAUCGGGAUCUCUUUCUGAGAAAGAGAGGAUAUAAAAUGUUGUGAGAGAGAGAGAGAGAGAAAGAGAGUCUUAGAUGGUUCUAUAAAAUCUCCAAAUCUUCAAAUGGAUUUUAAGAUUUGGAGAGCUCUAUAUUUUAUAUUCCUUUUCUUUCUUUCAAAUUCCGGAUAAAAAAAAUUUAGGGACGUUUUCGAAUACCUUUGACGAAAGAGAUAUUACGCAGUAAUCAUAAGUCCAUAACUUCGCGUGUCCUUGCAUCUAAGAAUCUCGAUGUGUUUAGGUUUUUAAUUUUCUGCCUCCUCCAGACCUAUGAGGAUCUCUGACCAUAGAUUCUCAUAAAAUCUCCAGAUCCCUCGAGCCAGGAAUUGUGAACUGGCUUUAGGAUCUUGAAAUUUCGGAGAGUAACGAAACGGCCGCCAGACAACGGACUGGCCAAAUGAGUCUCUAGCAUCGAUUCCACGGGGAGAAUAGGGCGAAAGCAAAUUGCAAUAGGCACUGACUGUGUCAUUUUUUACUAGGUGUGUGAUUUGUAAGUCUUGUAAAUAUAAUUGCUAACAAAGUAUAAUGUUCAUGUUAUCCGUGUACCAUAAAAGAUGCAACACAUUCCAUUCUUUCUCAAGGUUGCUGCUUGAAGUGUAACGAUAACGCGGGACACUUUCAAUAGCUAGGAUGUGUAUGUAUAUGUGUGUGUAUGCGUGCACGUGCGCAUGGUGCUCGAAUUGGUGCGCUCAAUUCUUAAUUAAUCCUUUACAACACUUACCAUGACAUUUCUUUGUUUUUUUGUAACAUUUUGCAACUUGCGACAGUACGACGAAAUCAUGCUACGAAAGAGAGCAGUUUACUAUUGUUUUACAAAAAAAAAACUUGUGUUCCAAAACGUUUGGGGGUUCGAUAACAUUUGUAAAAUUCGAUGACUUUAGUAAUUCAAGCGUGUCUCGCUUGUUUUUACUGUACAAUUUGAGCACUUAGUGCACGCGUGAAAUUUAUUCUCAACUACGAUACCGCGGGAUCAGAUUUAACUUCGAUUGAAAUUUGAUCAAGCUCGAAGGUAUUGACCAACACCUUAUUAUUUAGCUUAAUUAAAUAUUCUCAGUUUCAGUUCUUUUUCCCUUCUGUUCUUUCUCUUUAUGUAUUAUAAGAUAAAAACGAUGAGAAAUCUAAUAUUACUUCUAUAACAGCCAAUAACUUUGAUGAAAGUUCAAUGGCGAAUAUUCUCGAGGUUGAAAAUAAUCUCGCGAUUAACUUGUUGGUAGUUGAGCGUCAAUGAUGCACGUACGUCCGUUCAAAAAGCUGUAUUCUUAGCGGAGUAUUUUUGUAAGGCGUGGCGUUAUAUAGUUUUUUAUGUUGAAAAGUGGCCUUUUCCUUGUUACGAUAAGUAGAAGCGUGCGAACUCGGAGGAGUGAGAUAGAUGUUUCUUCACACAUGAGCGUUAUUAAAUGUUAUUCUUGUGAAUGUUAUUACAGAGCACAAAUUGAUUUUACGACAGAAAGAAAACAUCUCUCGCGCAGUGAACAUUGUGCUUUCGGAACCUUCGCCCGGCCGACAUCAUUGUACAUUUUUUUCUAGAUUAUGUGAGGUACUCCUCCUGCAAAAGAUGGCUGAAUUAAAAGGAAUUAGAAUUUAUUUCACCAGAUUAACUUCCUAAGUUUCGAAAUCAGAGAUUUAUUUCAACAGUUUUGCAUACUUUCCUCUUUCUUCCUACUUCUUCCUUAAUACUGAACAGUUAGCACUGUUUUGCGUUUUCUUAACAAUUUCAUACAUUCCAUAAAAAUAGCGAACGACAAACAGAACCAAAAUAAUCUCCAUAUAUUUUAAUUUGCAUUAAAAUAUUAAAUAUUUGUUUUAAUUCCCGACUAUGUGAACAAGGUAAUUAAAGUUGGUUUGUAAAAAAAGAGAUAUAUAAAUUAAUUACUAGCAGAAUAGUAUCGAUUAUUUCGAAUUCAAUUCUCAAUGAGACAAUCAAUACAAAUCGAGCGUCAAUUAAUUCCUUUUAAUACAUAUAUUUUUUGCAGGGUCAGUAAGCGUAAUUCUUCUUCCGCACAAACUAUGAUUGCAAUGUCCCAGUAUCCUGAUAAUUAUUCAAUAGUACAACUUCCAAGUCCUACGAGAAAAAUUAAUUCGUUAAAUUCGAUCUUUCGGACUUUUACAAUUUUUUUAUCUCGACAACAUUUAAAAAUAAAGUGUCCUUUAAUUGUGUAAAUAUUAGAAAGCAUUUAAACACGUAGAUUCUAGAGAACAGGCGCCCUCGCAAAAUAAUCAAUCAAUAAAUACAAGGAUAUUUCAUUUGUACCUCGGCAAAGAAAGAUUGAGAUCAACGUAAGCACGUUAUAUACACACACGUUUCGCGAGAACCAAGGGAGGAGAACGCAUACUGACCCACCCUCCACACAGAUUAUUAUACAUAAAAGAGUAUAUAAAUAAAUAAAUAUAUAUAUAUUUUUUGUUGCAAUCGACUUUGACCUGGGCAGGACUCCAGAGUGUCCUAAUAUUAUUAUGAUGUAUCAGUAUUCUGUGUAUUUUUUUAUCGAGUUGACAGAAUAACAAUUGUUAAUAUAUUGUGCAAAAAUAUCGAACAGAUACCGUCCAAGAAUAAAUUGUAAAGUUGACAA